AUGGAUGCCCCUCCCUCGGCAGAGCUGGCCACACCCACACCACCCCGUGCAGCCCUAGGAGUCCCCCAGCCUUGUGGCUCCGGGGUCAGGGCCACCCGACUGCAGUCCUCACCCCCGCUGCCGUCCUCACCUCUGCCGGGCAGUGUGCAUGAGCGCCCGAGGCGCACGCAGGGCUCGGCUGGCCGCCUGCCCGCCCGACGGCGGCCCACUGACCGGCGCCCGCUGCCCGCAGGCAAAGCGUGGAAGGAGCUCAACGCCGCGGAGAAGCGGCCCUUCGUGGAGGAGGCCGAACGGCUGCGCGUGCAGCACUUGCGCGACCACCCCAACUACAAGUACCGGCCGCGCCGCAAGAAGCAGGCGCGCAAGGCCCGGCGGCUGGAGCCCGGCCUCCUGCUCCCAGGCCUGGCGCCCCCGCAGCCGCCGCCCGAGCCCUUCCCCGCCGCGCCCGGCUCGGCUCGCGCCUUCCGCGAGCUGCCCCCGCUGGGCGCCGAGCUCGACGGCCUGGGGCUGCCGACGCCCGAGCGCUCGCCUCUGGACGGCCUGGAGCCCAGCGAAGCCGCCUUCUUCCCGCCGCCCGCGGCGCCCGAGGACUGCGCGCUGCGGGCCUUCCGCGCGCCGUACGCGCCCGCCGAGCUGCCCCGCGACCCGGGCGGCUGCUUCGGGGCUCCCCUGGCCGAGGCACUGAGGACCGCGCCCCCCGCCGCGCCGCUCCCCGGCCUGUACUACGGCGCCCUGGGCGCGCCAGGCCCGUUUGCCGGCCCGCUGUCGCCGCCGCCCGAGGCCCCGCCGCUGGAGGGCGCCGAGACGCUGGGGCCCGCCGCCGACCUGUGGGCCGACGUGGACCUCACCGAGUUCGACCAGUACCUCAACUGCAGCCGGACUCGGCCCGACGCCGCCGGGCUCCCGUACCACGUGGCGCUGGCCAAACUGGGCCCGCGCGCCAUGACCUGCCCCGAGGAGAGCAGCCUGAUCUCGGCGCUGUCCGACGCCAGCAGCGCCGUCUACUACAGCGCCUGCAUCUCCGGCUAGGCCCCGCCCGUCCG